UUUUUUCCCACACUUUUCCCGAUUAGUUUUUUUUUUAUCAAUAUAUAUUUUUGCCAAUCGCGUAAUCGCCAAACAAAUUUACUUAUAUUUAAAUUUUUAGGUUAAGGCGCUUUGUUUUGGUAUAACUUGGAGCACUUCACAAUCCCGCCACCAGAUGUGCCACUUUUGCUUUGAUAUGCGAAUAAAGCAUUGCCGCGCUCUAUACUGCGCAGUUUUGAGGUUAUGUCGACCUUACGUCACUCGCUCUCGAAGCAACGAUCUGCCAAACGGCAGCACGCGCGCCGCGACAUUACUACACUAUACAAUCUCCGCGCGCGCAACACUCCGCAUUUUGACACUUGCGAUAUCCUUCCGUAAUUUUGACGUAAAUUCAAAGUUUACGAGCCUCGAGUGGUGAAAAUUAUGUCGCAGAGUUUGGCGACGCUGAGCCAUCAUCAUCAGGGAUUAUACAGUAGGCCGCGAAAUUCCAGUCAGCCGUACCUAUUUCAGCACGAGUACGAAAGGUUUCUACUAUCAACGGAAAACGUGCUCGCCGCUACUGUCAAAGGGAACCAUCAUGAGCAGCUCGACGACUUUCCCGACCACGAGGCCCUCGAGCAUCGGGAUACUUCUUCCGAUUCCCAAAGCGAUGAGGUACUGGAGCAGCAAAUUAAUGCUCAUAGGCCCCGAACAGUGGAGGACAUUGAAAAAUGGCUGAAGAAUAUCAAGCCCGUAUCAAGUACAAAUUACGACAAGAAUGUCAAUUCAAAGGCCAGCAUGGAGAGGUACUUAAACGAACACUUGCCAGGGUUAUUUUUUGACAAAGAUUUUGGGAUUGCGGAGAAUAAUUUAAUGAAUAAUAAUUUAACUAUAAACUUUGAUGCUAUCUUCAACGAUAUACAAGAUGACGAACUUAUCUCCACACAAGAUAAGGACGAUGUGUUCAUGCUUCCAGACUUGCAAUUAGAUAACUUAGAUCAAUUAGCAUACUGCACGGAUGAUAUGAUUCUAACGAGUGAUAUCCUAGCUAGCCCAUGCGACCAACCACCGUGUACAAAUAUAAAUGUUAAUACUAAAGACUUCUUUAUAAGACUACAAGAAACUAUUAAUGUAAUAAGCGGUAAUAAUAAUAUUUUUACUCAGGAACUAGGUGACAAUAAUUUACAUAACAAUGUUAUGACGUUUGCAAAUUAUUUGGAGGAAGAUUCGAGUAAUAAUUCUCUAACAGCGAGUACAGUAAACUCGUACCAAGUUAAAGCGUCUUGCAACAAAUCCAACAUAGAUGAUACCAGUGACUGCUCGAAUUUAGAAAGUAAUGAAGAUUCAUACACCAUAAAAUCUAAUAGCUCAACACUGCAAGCGGCUGAUCCAACAAGACCAACAAAAUUAUAUAUAAAAUUAAAGAAGGUGAAUAGCAGUGUAGCAGACAAAAAUUCAACUCAGCAAAAGAAUCAAAUAGUAGAUAAAGUAUUUACUCGCUCUAGAAAGAAAGACUUAUCAGUUGACGAUAGCUUAGUGGGCAAAGAAUCUGAGAACAGCAAAAGUCUUAAAGAUAGAUUAAGAAAAAAGUCAAGCACUUAUAAUUCUCAGGAAAGCAAGCGAGAUGAUAAUUUGAGAAUCAGACUAUACUCAAGUUACAGUCAACAAGAUCAAGUCAUUUUGAAAGCACUGAAAGAAGUAGGCAUCACAGAUGCUAAGUUGCAGCAUUUCCGAUCAGAAGAUAACUCAACAAUCUGGAAGUGCCAUCAAGAUAAUUGUCAUCGUAUUUUCGAUAAAAUAUGUAGACUCAGAAGUCAUCUGCUAACUCACUUUGGCAUCAAACCAUUCAAGUGCGACUACAAUGGCUGCUCUUGGGCGUUCUAUUCCAACGACAAACUCCUUCGUCACAAGGAGUUACGCCACUUGAAGAACAAGAAUUACGCGUGUUCUCAGCCCGGCUGCGGACGCAAAUUUGCGACACAUCAAAAUCUAGCGGUGCACGAAGAUUUACAUGCGGGUCUAGGCAUAGCCUGCCACGUGCAGGAGUGCUCUGCCAAGUUCCAGUCGAAGAAAUGUCUGGACGCACACAUUAAGACGCACCGCGAGUAUUUACCUCCUUACAUAUGCAGUUACGAAAGCUGCGGCAAGCGCUUUUACAACAACAGCGCCUUGAUGUCGCAUCAGCGCUGCCACAGCUACACGGACAUGGACGUCACUUGCUCCUGGCCAGGCUGCGGUAAAACUUUCGAUCAACCGUCUCGACUAAAGGUCCACAUGCGUUCGCACACCGGCCAGAAGCCUUACGCCUGUACCUACAGGGGCUGCAAGUGGGCCUUCUCAACGGCCAGCAAAUUGAGUCGUCACCAAAAGAAACAUAGCAACAAUCGUAAAUUCGUUUGCGACAUUGGAGACUGCAGAAAGUCAUAUCAGCGGCUGGAUCAUUUGAGGGAUCACAAGCUCAAGCACACAGAAGAGAGAUUAUUUAUUUGCGGCUACUGCGACGCUGCAUUCUCUCUCAAGAAUGGACUUUACGCUCAUAUUAAGAAGCACUCGAAAACGGAUUUUGUUAGUAAAGGCCAUAACAAAGCAAAGAAAAAUAAGACUGUUGAGAAAAAGAACACGAGGAAGAAGGAAGCUUACUGUUCUAGAGUACUACCCGUUAGAAUUUCGGAUAACAGAUCGAAGAAAACAGCGUUAACCGAUUGUGAUGCGGGCAAUGACCAAAGCACAACUAAUCGAAACGCCGAGGAUAUGUAUUUUUGCCCAGUUGAAACUUGCGCAAAGUGGUGCCCAACGAAAUCUAGUUUAAGAAUGCAUUUUCAGAGGAAGCACAAGCGGCCUCUUUCCGAAAUUCAAAAUCGUGGCGAGACCCACCCGACCUUACCCACCUCUAUGGAGACACAAGAAGUUGGACAGUCUCUCGACGGUAACGAAGAUUCGGCAAGAACUGUAUUUACCCACCAAUAUAAUUCAAGCUCGAAACCCGACAGAGGAGUUGUGGAAUCGAGUGCAGCAGUAGACGACGUCGUUUUAGACGUGGGCACCUUCGGUGACUGCCUUCUGCUACCGGAUGAGCCGCCCUCCAUGUGUUGCCAGGAGGACAUUAAUGUUUUAGAAUACCAAACGGUACUGCUCGACGCAAUUCCGACUGAUAACGACAUCAGCAUGUGUGGCUUGGAGUAGUUGCCAAUUCCUCACGUUGUCAGCACUGAAAAGAAUCGAACUGAAAUCCACAAGUAUUUUUAAAAGAGGGCCGCAUGUACUGAAAUUCGAUAUAUUUAUAUAUCUCUUUAAGGAGACUAUGCCGUAUUUUUUCUAAAAAUUUAUAAUGUCAAAAAACGAUCGCGUUGAAGAAAGGUACAAUGUUCCGAUAUUGUUAAAAAUAUGUAUAGUAUAUUUAUCGCGAAUCUUCCAAGAAAUGUUCAGUUGAAUCAUAAUCGUUCUAAAUUCUUUGAUUUUUGAAAGGAUUUUUGUUUUUUGGCAUUUUCAUCAAUCAACUCUAAAUUAUAGUAAUAUUCUUAGCGACCUACCGUUUUCAAUGAAAUAUGCUUUUCAUUGUUAGCACGAGUAGAGUUAACGAGUGAAAUGUAGCGUUUAAGUUUCUUUAUUUGAACUCUACUAUUUAAGUCAGUUAUGCAUGCGUUGACGCGAGAACGUAAUAAUCACAAUAUCAUUAUUUCAUUUGUUCGAUUGCUACAUCUCAUUCAUAAUCUUCAAUACUUAAAUUUUUUAUAUUAGUUUUGUUUAUUGUUAGAACUAUUAAGUCUUACAACGUAGAGGAUAAGUUUUUUUUUAUCUUUAAUCAAUUACCUUUUGCUAUUUUUAAAAAAAAGUUAAACUUGCUGAUGAUCAUCACUUAAAAUAUGGAUGUUUUUUUAAUUUAUGACUUUAAAUAAUUCACGACUAUGAAAUUAAUCGGCGAAUUGAUAUUGUCAAGUGGUAACUUAUCGCAAGUUAGCUUUUAAUGUAUCAUUUUGUUGAUUUUGUAUUGGAACCUUUAGGUUUAGAUCCAGAGUUGAUUGAGUCUGGUUGACUAUAAACGAGUUCAAAAUAUGUUAAUUGAUGCUGUUAGGCUAUAGAAAUUUCUAGGCAUAAACUUUGCGUUGGAAAAAACUUCCAAAUCCUUUUUGAAAGAAAUUCAUAAUCCGCCAUACAACUAGCUUUAGAGAAAUCGCGCUUAAGACGAAAUCUGUGAUGAACUUGAACCCAGCCUACAAUUACACAAUGUAAUCCAGUUUGCUAUUGGUUUGAAUCGUUAUUUUAUUAAUAAAAACGUUGAUAUUUUUCAAAA